AUAAAAUGGUAACACUGGUAGUUGUUUGGUUUGGCGUUUAAUAUUUAGGUAUUUUUGCCGAAACGAAUCUGUAAAUAUCGAGGGAAUAAUACGAUGUUCAUGAAAUUACAACUAUUACUGUGAAAGCCAAAGACCCUAUGUGGUCGAUGUGAAUUGUAUUUUAAAAGUAGGCCAUUUGCGUUUUAACGGAUUUGGUUACCGGCAUAUAGUGAAGUGCUAAGUUUUAAGUGUUGAAUUCAUGAAAGCGGCAAUCAGUUGUCAUGGCAGAAAAUGAUGAUUAUCUAGAAACGAUUGACAACAAUCAUUUGGACGGUACCAACGGUUCUCUAAACAUGACCGACAAUAGUCUCGGAGGUGGUGAUGAAGCCGCUGGCAGUGAAGUACCAGACUUGGCAGCCAUCAAAGCUCGAGUCCGAGAAAUGGAGGAAGAAGCAGAGAAACUGAAACAGAUGCAGACUGAAGUAGACAAGCAGAUGAGUAUGGGUAGCCCUCCAGGACUUACGAGUCCUUUAAACAUGUCGAUUGAAGAGAAAAUAGAAGUGGACAAUAGGUCAGUUUAUGUAGGCAAUGUGGACUAUGGAGCCACUGCCGAAGAGCUUGAACAGCACUUCCACGGAUGUGGAUCUAUUAAUAGGGUUACAAUAUUAUGUAAUAAGUUUGAUGGCCAUCCUAAAGGAUUCGCCUAUAUAGAGUUCGGUGACAAAGAUAGUGUACAGACUGCAAUGGCCAUGGACGAAUCGUUAUUUAGAGGGCGUCAAAUAAAGGUGAUGCCCAAGCGCACCAACAAGCCGGGUCUGUCGACGACCAACCGGCCGCCGCGGGCCAUGCGCGGCCGAGGGCGCUCGUUCCGCGGCGGCUUCUCCCCGUACUACUCCGGCUACCGGCCCGUGCGCCGCGGCAGAGGUUUCAGGCGCGGCGGGUAUUACUCUCCGUACUGAGUGCGGUAGAGGGGGGCCCCCCCGGCCGCCGCGCGCGGUAGCUCUGUGCAAGUGUGCGGUAUAGCUAAGUUAGUGUGUGGACGCCGCGACGUCGACCCGACUAUAGCUACUCGCCUGCGCCACUGGACUCUAGCUCUACCAUAUAUCUUUACUUUCUAAACGUUGUCGAUAACGAUUAUGUAGGUAAGGACAACUUACGGACUCCGGUGUAUUGAUGACGGAUCGCGUUAUAGAAAUAUGAAUUUUUAUUUUUACUUGUAUAAGAUUGAUGCUGGAAUGAAGUGACUUUAAAAAAAUGUGCUGUUACUGAUUGUGAACAAAAAAUACUAAACUGGACUUUUCAGGGCGAUGUGUUUAGAAUAAGUCUAGAGAGUAAAUACAAAAAUAUACGAUGUCUUUAGUCAUAAUUGACUAAACGUUGGAUUAUGUAUCACAUUUAUUAGAUAAUGUUGAAAUAUUUUCUUUGACUAAUUUUAUAUUUAAUUCGCCUUAAAUAUGUCUGUAAAGAUUUUGUGGAUACAAUGAUGGCAAUCAUUGUUCAUAUCGCGAUAUUAGGUGUUUAGAUAAUAGUAUUGUACUAUUGGUAUUAUUGAAACAAAUGUGAAUGCAGCUGAGAACUUUAGGAAUGCUAGUAAACAGUUAGGUCGCCACAUAAAGUAUUUAGUGGCUGCGCAGUUGGUGUAUUUUGUUAAGUGAUGUGCCAGCAUGUACCCACCUUGCACGGCUCGCGCCGCCUGACUAUAUAAUUUCGGCUUUAUUGUGGGAAGCUAAACAUAGGGUUAUAGAAACUACUUUUUAACUUUACAUUAUGUAUUAAGAUUGCGGCUAAUUUUUCCAAGUGUCUCGGAAAUGUUAUAUUUUUGUCUAUAUUUGUUUGUUACUUUCUCAUUAUAAGUGUAUAACUUGUCGUCCAUGACCAUAACAUUUUAGAAUAAUAUGCAUUCGUGUUCGUUCUCAUAAUGAUUGAUUUUUUAUCUACCCACAACAGUAACUGUGUGGUGGCAAUGUUAAUGGAAUGCUUUAAAUUUGAAUAUUCCGAUUUACAAUAGAUAGAAAUCGAAAUUCCAGUCUUAUCUAUUUUAUUAUAAAGUACAAUGUACGCGUAUGAUAUAAUAUAUUAUGUGUAAUUUUUGUGUUCUUAUUCAAAAGAAAGUUGAGAAAAUGCAAAUUAAAAUGCUCGAAA